UUUAUAGCGUUUCGUUUGUUUAUGUUAAAAUUCGACUUAACCUCUCCUACCGUGUAAAAUAUUUUAAUUAAUUAUGAAAGACGUGAUUGAUGUUAUGGCUCUUCAAAGUUCUAGACGAGAAAAACGUUUACCAGAUUACCGUGGUGCUCCCGGACAUAGCUUAGCGACACAUUUUAUCUUUGAGUGUGGCAUCAAGUUGGGGCUUCAGCCAGCUACCGUCGCUGCCGCGGCGGUAUUCUACCACAGAUUCUUCAAGGAAGCUGACAAGAACGACUACGACUGCUAUGUGAUUUGCACAGCGUGCAUCUGCGCCGCGGGGAAGUCGCGCGACGAGCCCGUGAGGCUGAGGGAUGCAGUGAACGUCGCCCACAACUGCAUCAACCGAGGCGCCGGUCCGCUGGAGCUGGGGGACGAGUACUGGUCGUGGCGCGGCGCGGUGGCGCAGGCCGAGCUGCUGGUGCUGCGGCUGCUGGGGUUCAACCUGGACGCGCCGGCGCCGCACCGCUAUUUGCUGCACUACCUGCGCUCGCUGCAGGAGUGGUUCCCGGCGCCGCAGUGGCGCGCCGCCCCCGUCGCGCGCACCGCCAUGGCCUUCCUGCAGGACUUCCACCACUCCCCGGCGGUGCUCGACUACCGCGCGCCGCACCUGGCUGUCGCGAGCCUCACGCUGGCUCUGCAUGUGCUGGGAGUGUCCGUGCCACUCGCGUCUACGCUAGAUGAUGAUGCGGCGUGGUAUUCCGUGUUCACCAAAGAUUUGCAAAAGGAGAAAAACUGGGAAAUAAUGGAAAAGAUAAUGCAGGUGUACAGCCGGGAACCAGAGCCAAUAUAAUGUGUGUGAUGUGAUAUAAUAAUUAACUUUAGAAAGUAAGUUCAUUCAAUAAAAACAAUGAUAAUUUA